AUGAAGAAUUACAGUAGACUAUCCGAGACUCCUGUCCCGCCUAGGGAUCUUGAUAUGGCUAUUGCCAACGCUCAUGGUUCUUCCGUAGCACUUGAAGCCUCCCACACGACACUCCAGGCUUCGAAGCAGACGCCCGACUUGUCAUUGAAGGAGAUCAUCGAGCUGAAGACUAAAGAAAACAGCCGUCUGCGUGCAGAGGUUGCCUACCUCCACAACAUGCGAAAGAUCGGAGAAGAGCUUGCUGAGGAGGUGGAUUAUGUUCUAGACAAGCUCCGAUUGGCGAUCGUCACUUUCAAUAGAGAUAAGGAUAGGGCUGAAAGAUCUGUGUAG